UUCUUUGAAGUUCCGAGAUCCAUCGGCAGUUGAAAUUACGAACUGAACGAAAGCCCGAGCUUGAACUUGUGUUUGCAUGAUGCUCUAGAGUAACUUCUAGUCUCUUCUUUGCAUCAGCUGGAUAUAUCUUCUUAGAAUGACCUAGCAAGGGAUGCGGAAGCUGGGUUGAUAUGUCUCAUUUGACUUUCAUUUGCAUGACUUCAAGUAGCAUAUCUCCUGUAAUCAACCUUGGCAACAAUGAGCCCCUCGAAGAUCGAGUAUCCCGCUCCUUUGCAGCUCAGUGGAACUCUCAAUCAAUUUGAUCAUUUCCAACUCACGCCUUGCAUUGGCACUGAAUUCAAGAAUGUUGACCUUGCCGAAUGGCUUCGGGCAGAGACAUCGGAUGAUUUGAUUCGUGAUCUGGCCAUCCUCAUCGCUCAGCGAGGCGUGGUCUUCUUCCGUCACCAGACGAACCUCAAUGGCGAGCUACACAAGGAGCUCCUGUACCGCCUCGGAGCCCUAUCGGGCCGGCCCGAGGAAAACGGACUCUACAUUCAUCCACUCUGGAAUGUCUUGGGCGAGGAAGACCCAGAACUCGCAACGCUAGAUCCAGAUCGCCUGAAGAAAAUGUAUGGAAAGGAUCUGAAGGGCAACAAGAAGCAAACAGGGAUCUACGAGUGGCACAGUGAUAUGUCAUUUGAGCUGAAUCCGCCUGAUUUUAGCAGCCUGAGAUUGACGGAGUUGCCUCCAGGUGGAGGAGGAGAUACUAUCUGGGCCAGUGGGUAUGAAGUCUACGAUCGACUUUCAGUGCCAUAUCAAAAGCUUUUUGAUAGUCUCGAAGCAACUCAUUCGCAGCAAGCCCUAAACUCUUUCAGCGAGGCCCGAGGAAAAACUGCCUUUCAUGGACCACGGGGCUCGCCGGCUAAUGUCGGCACCGGCUUUAGAAAUCGACAUCCCGUUGUUCGUACUCAUCCCAUCACCGGAUGGAAGAGCGUAUUUGCAGCUGGUGUCCACUGCGAGCAAAUCCACGACGUGAGCGUUGCAGAAAGUGUGCAUCUUCUCAAGAAGGUUCUCAAGUUGAUUGCAGAGAAUCCAGACCUUCAGGUGCGUUUUCGCUGGGAGAACGAAAAUGACAUCGCCAUUUGGGAUAAUAGGUGUACAUACCAUGCUCCUAUCCAAGACCAAGUAGGAAGGCGCCGUGGUUUCCGCGUUCUUUCAACAGCGGAGAAGCCAUACCUUGAUCCGGCAAGCCAGUCACGCCAGGAAUACUUUGCUUCUCUCUUCGAGACUCCUGAAGGCAUUAAAUAGUCGUCCUAUAGAUUGGCAAUCGGACAACUCUAGUCUUGGCUGACUUCUAUAAUCAGCUCUAUAUUAAUCCAGAUGAUAUAAUUGUGUUUUGCUAAAUUUACGUAGCCA